AUGAGUGAUGAACCUGAAUUGGGGACAAAUCUGCGUGAAAGCAGCAAUGAGUCGGUACAUGAGCAAGAAGUAAGAGACAAUAGCGAAGAAAACAAAGAUGAGCAUGAAGAGUUGGAACAGGAACAGAGUAGUGGUGAAGAAGAGGAAUAUGACCCUGAAGUCGAACGUGUGGAAGAUAAUCCAGAAACUGAGCACGAGAAGGUAGAUGUAUACGAUAAUCGUAAUACCGAAAGCAGUGAUAAGCAGCAGGAAGAGGAUGAUGACGACGAUGACGAAUACGAUCCUGAAGGUGACCACGAUGAAUCCAACACGACGUCUGAGGCUGCAAAUGUAGGUGUAAAUGUCUCUAAUGAUGAUGACGAUGAAUAUGACCCGGAAAGUGCAUAUGAAGAGAUAUCGGUUGCGAAUGCCAGUGAAGUCUCGCCGUCACAACAAAACGAUCCUGUAAUUGACAAAUCUGACGAAGAAGACGAAUAUGAUCCAGAAGUACCUUUAAACGAUCCCGAAUCCCACCAAAGAGAAGACCAUGGAUACGAACCUAAGCCAAAAGCCAGUAAUAUAAUAAAAGGGAAACUCCCAGCUGGAUUGCCUCCCAAGCCUGGAUUGCCCCCUAAGCCGCCCGUAAAUGCUGCGGAAAGAACGCCAGCGAAUAAAGAUCUGCAACAGCAAUUGAAGGAAGCAUACGAUGCUAUCAUGCAAAGCGAGAUUGUAAAGGAUCCAAAUUUUGUAAAUUUGUCUCAACCCGAACAAAUGAAAUUGAUAAUGGAGCAAUUAUCUCAGAGGAAUGUGAAUUUGUCUGGAACAGCUAUUGCCUCUAAUCCAAGCGGUGUUAAUUAUGACCAAGUUUAUUCCUAUAAUAAGCCGUUCAAAAAUUUGAAAAACCCAAUUCCUCUAGUACCAGUCAACGAAUUUUGUCGUAGGCCAAACAUUACGGCACCAAUGACUCCUGAAGAAGAGAAAGCGUACGAUGAUUUCAUCAAAAGGGAGGCAUACUAUAUGAAUUUGCAGAAUUGGGAUGAGUUUCCCGAUAAACUGAGAUUAUUCAUUGGUAACCUUCCAGCAAAUACAAUUUCAAAGCAAGAUUUAUUUCGAAUUUUUAGUCAAUAUGGUGAUAUCAUUCAAAUUGCAAUAAAGGCAGGUUAUGGCUUUACCCAAUUCAGGACUGCAGAGUCAUGUUUAGAUUGUAUUAAAGGGGAGUCCAACGUACCCUUGCAUAACAAAGUUAUGAGAUUAGAUGCUUCUCGACCUCAAAAAUCAAGACGUCCCGGAAAGCCAGAAAUCAAUAACCCCAACUUAGCUUCAAGAGGUCGGGAUAGGUCUCCUGAUGAAUCAAGUGGUAAACGAGGUAGAGAUGAACAGAUGCCUGGUAAUCGCUAUGGAUAUGGGGAAAAUAAGAAACAAAAAAGUAUUGUCCCCGAUUGUCAAGUUUAUAUAACUGGCAAGUCUUCUGUUUUCUUUAUUAGGAAAGUUAAAAAGGCAUUUUCUAGUAGUCAAGUCACGAUAGAUGUCGAAGAUAUCACACAUGGAGAUUUUAACGAUGUCAUAAGUGAGGCCGCCUACUCAGGAAUUUUGGGUACUUGUGUUAUUAAAGAAGCAAAAGUUGAUGUUCAAACAUUUGAAAAUACAGCGGACGGUGGAAUCAAGUUUGACGAAUAUGCUGAUAUAGACCCUGAAGUAGCAGCUGAUAUUUUAAGUAAAGCAAAGUUUAAGAAAUAUGGUAAUACCGCAAGCCCACAACCGUAUGGAAACCAAAACCAACCCCAAACCCAUAACCAAAAUCAAAAUCAAAAUCAAAACAAGAAUUAUGUUGCUGCAAUGAACAAUGAUUUUUACGAUAAUGGAUAUGGUGGUAACCGUAGGGGUGGUGGAAGAAAUGACCAUCACGACAACCGUGGAAGAUCAGGCCGAAAUGAAUAUGGAAGAGGAAGAGGCGGAAGAAACAAUAACAAUUGGGAAAGCCAUCAUGGAAAUAAUAACAAUAUGUAUAACCAAAGUGUUCCAUAUGGCCAACCACCAGCGCCUAAUUAUGGAUCGCCACAACCUGCCUUCAAUCAGCCGCCUGCGGCUCAGGUUGAUCCAAACAGCCAGGCUAACCUUAUCCAAACAUUACAGGGUAUGGAUCCGGCUUCAAUGCAAAGCAUGAUAGCAUUAUUGCAGCAACAGCAACAUCAACAUCAACAGCAACAUCAACAUCAACAGCAACAUCAACAGCAACAGCAACAAAGUGCACCACAACCUGUCCAAUCUAUGGGUAUGGGCCAGCCAAUAGGUCAACCAAUGAACCAAUCACCUUAUGGAUAUAACCAGCCACUCAAUUAUGGUCAAGCCCCACCUCCCCCACAAAGUCAUACUCAAGCCCCAAGUGGUCAAGUCAAUUCUUUGUUAUCACAAUUACAGUCCUCCCUGUCUUCUGGGUAUAAUCCGCAACAGCAAUCACAACCAGCUAAUUCUACACAAUCCCUAAUGGAAACGUUAGCUAGAUUAAGCAGAAAAUAA